AUGGUGCUGUCGCACUUAGGCAACAAUUCAUUCAGACACUAUUGUAAGCAUGGACCGUAUCUUGCCUCCAUUCACCGCUUUUCCACAACACCGUCUCUCUCUGUGAAGAUCUACCCCAAUGCCAAAGAAGCUGUACAGGACAUUCCUGAUAACGCUAAAUUGCUCGUUGGAGGUUUUGGAUUAUGUGGUAUCCCAGAAAACCUUAUCAUGGCUUUAAGUGAGACUGGUGUGAAAGGGCUCACUUGCGUUUCGAAUAAUGCCGGCGUCGAUGAUUGGGGAUUGGGAAUCCUUCUCAAAACACGACAGAUCAAGAAAAUGAUUUCUUCCUAUGUUGGUGAAAACGCGGAAUUUGCUCGGCAGUACUUGUCUGGAGAGCUCGAACUGGAAUUUACUCCGCAGGGUACCCUAGCCGAGCGAAUUCGAGCAGCUGGAGCUGGCAUUCCUGCGUUUUAUACUCCAACUGGAUAUGGUACAUUGAUACAGGAGGGAGGUGCUCCAAUCAAGUACAGCCGAACUGAGAAAGGGAAAAUCGAAGUUUCAAGUCCUGCUAAAGAAACUCGUAUGUUCAACGGUUAUAAUUAUGUGAUGGAAGAGGCAAUUUGGGGAGAUUUCGCUCUCAUCAAGGCUUGGCGUGCUGACAAACUCGGCAAUAUCCAGUUUAGGCUGGCAGCUGGUAAUUUCAACAAUGCCAUGUGCAAAGCGAGCAAAUGUACAAUCGUUGAAGUGGAAGAGAUCGUUGAGCCAGGUGUUAUUGAACCUAAUAAUGUCCACAUCCCAUCUAUCUACUGUGAUCGCCUCGUACUUGGCAAAAAUUAUAAGAAACCGAUUGAACGUCCAAUGUUUGCAGCGGGGCCCUAUCCUCAGAAAGGUAAAGAAGAUCCGGAUCUUAUCAAUGCGGGGAAAGAGACGAUUACACUGUUGCCGGGUGCGUCUAUAUUCGGAAGCGAAGAGUCGUUUGCUAUGAUUCGAGGAUCUCACAUGGAUAUCACCAUUCUUGGCGCAUUGCAAGUUUCUCAAUUUGGAGACCUCGCUAACUGGAUGAUACCUGGAAAACUGGUGAAGGGGAUGGGCGGAGCUAUGGACCUGGUCUCUGCUCCAGGAGCUCGUGUCAUCGUGACAAUGGAGCAUUGCUCAAAAAAUGAUGAACCAAAGAUUUUGCCUCAUUGUGAUUUGCCUUUGACUGGAAAACAGGUUGCAUCACGAAUAAUUACGGAUAGGGCAGUCUUCGACGUUGACAAAAAGGAAGGCUUGACGUUAAUUGAAGUGAGGUCCGAUUUGACAGUCGAGGACAUCAAGAAAGCUACAGCCGCGCCGUUCAAGGUAUCAGAGAACUUGAAGCCCAUGGGACAGGCGAAAUUAAACUAG